AUGUGGGAUGUGAGUUCCUCUUUGUCCACACUAACCUCUACGGUACAGUUCGAUAUAAGAAUGGCGAUAAAUCGUUUCACAGUGUAUUUGGUGACUGCUGCCUUUCUGAUUCAAGUGACUUUGCAAGGAGAACACCAGCGGCGGCUUUAUAAGGAUCUCAUGCAGAACUAUAAUCCUUUAGAGAGGCCCGUGUACAACGACUCUCACUCCCUGACAGUUCACUUUAGUCUCAGCCUGAUGCAGAUCAUGGAUGUGGAUGAGAAGAAUCAGGUUUUAACAACAAACAUCUGGUUACAACUGUACUGGGUGGAUUAUUAUCUGCAGUGGAACCCGAGUGACUACCCUGGAGUGUCUAAUGUCAGGUUUCCUGAUCAUCAGAUCUGGAAACCUGACAUUCUUCUCUAUAACAGCGCUGAUGAGAGGUUUGAUGCCUCUUUUCAUACCAACGUCCUGGUCAACUCAUCAGGCUACUGCCAGUAUCUACCCCCAGGUAUUUUUAAGAGCACCUGCUACAUUGAUGUGCGCUGGUUUCCCUUCGACGUUCAGAGGUGUGAUUUGAAGUUUGGAUCUUGGACCUAUGGAGGCUGGUCUCUGGAUCUGCAGAUGCUGGAAGCAGAUAUCACAGGCUACAUAGCCAAUGGAGAGUGGGAUCUAGUGGAGGUUCCUGGACGGAGGAACGAGAGGUUUUAUGACUGCUGUAAGGAGCCAUACCCUGACGUAACCUUCACAUUGGUGAUGAGGAGGAGAACGCUCUACUACGGCCUGAACCUGCUCGUGCCCUGUGUGAUCAUCUCCACCCUCGCACUAUUGGUGUUCCUGUUGCCUGCUGACUCAGGGGAAAAGAUCUCUUUGGGAAUAACUGUUUUGCUCUCACUGACCGUCUUUAUGCUUCUGGUGGCUGAAAUCAUGCCAGCGACAUCAGAUUCGGUGCCUCUGAUUGCUCAGUAUUUUGCCACUACUAUGGUAAUUGUUGGGCUCUCAGUCAUUGCUACAGUGCUUGUGCUACAGUAUCACUACCAUGACCCAGACGGUGGCAAGAUGCCGAAGUGGACGCGUGUUGUACUGCUGAACUGGUGCGCCUGGUUCCUGCGUAUGCGACGCCCAGGAGAUCAUCAUGUCCACUCAGCGUGCCACAACAAACCUCUUCACAGAGGCAGUGUGUCCAGUGUGGAGCUGUGUGUUGACCAGGGGACACUGCAGUCUUCCAACACCAACACGCUCUACAUCGGCUUCAGGGGCACAGAGGGUGGUGUUCACUGCUCCAGCUCAGCUGAGACGGCUCUGAUUUGUGGUCGCUUUGCUCGAGCCAAUGAGGAGGAAGUGUUGCUGUCGGGGGCCACGGUGGCGCCGUUAGGGACCAGGAACGGAGAUGGGCACACCAGAGGUAUCGUAGGAGGGCCUGGCAUGACUGAUUUGGCAAAGAUUCUAGAGGAAGUGAGGUACAUCACAAGGCGAUUUCGAAACCGGGAUGAAGAUGCAAGCAUGUGUAACGAGUGGAAAUUCGCAGCAGCAGUCAUCGAUCGUAUGUGUCUGAUGGCUUUCUCUUUCUUCACAAUACUCUGCACUUUCGGCAUUCUUAUGUCCGCUCCAAACUUUGUAGAGGCGAUCUCUAAAGACUUCUUCAGUUAGUAGAAAGAGCCGUGUACACUCACAUAAACACAUUUACAGUGUUUCUUAUACACUCGCUACUAUAAUUCUGUAACACGUCGUUUCUGCUCCAGUACUAACAGGAGUGGAAGUGUUUUUGUGACCUGUGGGUUUAUACAAACGCAUUAAAAUACAUGCUUUUUUACGUGCAAUAUUUUUCAGACUAAACUCUAUGUACCACAUCUGUACAUAUGUUCCACAGCAAGCAUUUUAAAGUAGUCAUGCAUCCAGUGUGUACUGUAUUCCUGGAGACGGGCUCUAUAUCCACAGUAUAGCAACAAUAUGAACGAAUAAAUUAUUAUAAACAGACAUAAGAGAAUUAUUACAGUGCUCAUACAUGAAUUAGAACUAUUUUCAAUGCGUGUGAAUUACUGUACACACACACACAGGGCCGGCCCUGGCCAA